AUGCUUCAGUUUGUUUGCAGUGCUGAAGAACCUGCAAACUCAGUCAUGACACCGGAUAAAGCAGCAGAGGCGGAGGUCUUCCAGCGGAGGGAGUUUUGUCGCUGGCCAUGUAAAUGCUCCCAUCAGCGAUCAUGCCUGUUGGGUGUAAGUCUGGUCAAGGAUGGCUGUGGAUGCUGUAAAAUCUGUGCCAAACAACUCUGGGAAAGUUGUAAUGAAGCAGAAGUAUGCGACCAACACAGAGGUCUGUACUGUGACUACUCUGCUGAUGCGCCCAAAUAUGAAGUUGGGAUUUGUAAAUAUAUAUUUGCUGUCGGAUGUGAACUCAACGGAGUGCUUUAUCAAAAUGGCCAGUCUUUCCAGCCCAGUCCCUUUUACACAUGUCUGUGUAUAAGUGAUACAAUUGGAUGUACUCCUAUACUUCAUUCCAAAGAAUCUGAUAGCUGCUGUACAGAUGCCACUGGACUCAUGAAAAAGGCUGAUCUAACAAACUGUGCAUUGGAGAAGAACCCCACAAUGGCCGACUACAAAUUCAUACCAGUGUACAGGAUUUUGCCACUCGUUUGGAAAAGAAAAUGUCUUGUGCAGGCAACUGCAUGGAGUCCAUGUUCUAAAACAUGUGGAAUGGGCAUAUCUAUACGGGUUACCAAUGAGAAUAGCAAAUGUGAAAUGAGAAAAGACAGGCGACUCUGCUUCCUCAGGCCAUGUAAUACAACUCUGCUCAGUAAUGUAAAGAUCCCUAAAGGAAAAACCUGCCAGCCUACGUUCAAAGACCCCCAACCUGUUAAACUGUCUCUCUCUGAGUGCUCUACGGUGCAAAGCUAUCGGCCCACAUAUUGCGGAGUGUGCACGGAUCAGAGAUGCUGCAUUCCCAACAAAUCUAAAAUGAUAACUAUCCAUUUCCAAUGUCCUAGUGAGGGAUCAUUCUCUUGGAAAAUGAUGUGGAUCACAUCCUGUGUUUGUCAAAAGACCUGUACUGACCCUGGGGAUAUAUUUUCUCAUCUUAAAAUUUUGUGA